AUCAUAUGAGUCAAUUUAUUUGCUCAUAUUUAGCUUUACUUGUCUUCAAUGUUUACGUUAAUUAUUAUUUACGUGUGAUCUUGGCUUUAUUUUUUAUGUUUUAAAUCAUCUUCUUACAUUUAAAGAUAUCCUUUAUCCUUUGUUGUCUUCUACAAUGACUUUACGGCCAGUGGAAGUUGAUUUUAAUGAGAGUUGGAAUCGUUUGCGCAGUACACUUGAAUCGGUGAUUUUGUUGAAUAAUGUUAACAAGAAAGAAUGGAAUGAAAGAUUUUCCGAUGUUUAUAAGAUGUGUGUUGCUAAGCCUAACCCGUACCCGGAGGAAUUAUACGAGGAAACCAAAAAAUUUAUCAUCACUCAUGUACAAAAACUUCAUUCACAAAUAUGUUUACGGGUUCAAAUGGGUGAUAACCUGUUGGUAAAUUACUAUCAAGAAUGGCUGGUUUAUCGAGAUGGUAUACAGUUCAUGGAUAAAUUGUACAUGUACCUAAAUAAUCAACAUCUUAAGAAAAUGAAAUUAGGCGAUUCAGAACUUAAUUAUGGUUAUGCGGAUACUGAGGAUCAAAAAUUAGAGAUUGGUGAAUUAGGUCUUUCGUAUUGGAGGAAAUAUAUGAUUGAACGCUUGUCUGACGAUCUCGUGAACCUUUUGCUUCAAGCUUUUGAAAACGAUCGUCUUGGUAAUCCUACUAAUGAAAGCGUGGUUCAAGGAGUUAUCGAGUCUUUUGUCAUGGUUGAAGCAUACAAGAAAAAGGAGAAGGACCUAAAUCUUUAUCGCGAAAUUUUUGAGACACCAUUUUUGGAAGCCACUCGUAAAUAUUACUCUAGAGAAGCAUCUAAGCUACUUGCUCAGUACGAUUGUUCGCAAUACAUGGAAAAAGUGUUACAGAGAUUGGAUUCAGAAAUUUUACGAAGUCGUAAAUAUCUUCACGUUUCUUCUCAUUCAAAAGUUAGUGAGGUUUGUGAAGAAGAAAUGGUUGCCAAGCAUCUCGACUUUCUUCAUGCCGAAUGUCAAAGGAUGGUGGUCAGUGAAAGUCGAAAAGAUUUACAUAACAUGUUUAAAUUAUUGAAACCUAUUGGACCUGGAAUUCAACACCUUGUUAGUGAGGUUCAAAAACAUUUUACUAAAAUUGGUUUGGAUGCCAUAAGCAAUUUGUCUGGUGAUAAUAUUGCAAACAGUUUUGUUGAAAAUUUAUUAGAAGUUUACCGUAAACAACGCGAUUUAAUUAACGAUGUCUUUAAUUCGGAUCAACAAUUUAUUGGAGCCCUAGAUAAAGCAUGUUCCUAUGUGAUCAAUUAUCGAGUCAAUUCUAAAGUUCCUUGUCGUUCAGCCGAGUUACUGGCCCGUUAUUGUGACUCUUUGUUGAAGAAAACAUCAAAAAGUGUCAAUGAAUUUGAAAUAGAUGAAAAGCUUCGACGUUCUAUCACAAUAUUUAAAUACAUCGAUGAUAAAGAUGUUUUUCAAAAGUUCUAUGCCAAAAUGUUGGCCAAAAGGUUAAUACACUGUCAAUCUGUAUCAAUGGAUUCAGAAGAGUCAAUGAUAAACAAGUUGAAACAAGCUUGUGGUCAUGAAUUCACAUCUAAACUUCAUCGCAUGUUUACCGAUAUUAAAAUCUCUAACGAUUUAAAUGACAGCUUCAGCGAAUGGUGCAAAAAAGAGAAACAGGGUUUGGGCGGCAUCAACUUUAAUAUUUUUGUUCUUCAAGCCGGAGCCUGGCCAUUGGCUCAAAAUUUAUCUUCACCCUUCUCCAUGCCCCAUAUUUUGGAGAAAUCAUGUUGCAAUUUCGAAACGUUUUACAAUAAAACUUACCAUGGACGGAAAUUAACCUUCCUUCAUCAUCUUUCUACAUGUGAGGUUAAAAUUUGUUUCUCCAAAAAAACAUACCUAGCAUCAAUGUCUACAUAUUACAUGGCUAUACUUUUAUUAUUUGAAAACACUGACCAGUUGUCUUUCAAAGAGAUUCAAAUGAGUACCAAUCUAACGGAAGAUUUGCUCUCUAAACAUCUGAGUAUGCUGAUUGACAUGAAAAUUCUUACUCUGGAUUCAGUCUUACUGGAUAACUCUACUGUUAAUAAAUCAUCAUCUAAUGAGGAAGGAUCAUCACCUACUCCAAUGAAAUACAAUUUGGAACCAGAAACCCAAUUAAAUUUGAAUUUAAAUUUUGUUAGUAAAAGAACUCGCUUCAAGAUUCUUGCAGUUAAUCAGAAAGAAGUCACUCAGCAUCAAGAAGUUGAACAAACUCAUUCAUCAGUUGACGAAGACAGGAAAUUAUUUUUACAAGCUGCCGUUGUACGAAUCAUGAAAGCUCGAAAAGCGAUGAAGCACAACCAGCUUAUUCAAGAAGUGAUUGAUCAGGCCAAGAAUCGUUUCGCUCCAAGUAUACCUAUGGUUAAAAAGUGUAUUGAAGCAUUAAUUGAAAAGCAGUAUCUUGAAAGGACAUCUUCGCAGGAUGAAUACAGUUAUAUCGCCUAGAAUGAUAUGGUUGAAAUAACUCUGAUCAUUCUCUCUCAUUUUUUAAAAAAAUGCGUGUUCUCUCUCUUUUAUUGUUAAUUUGUGUAUUUAAAUGAGUUUAUCUGUCGGUCUUCAGCUAUGAAAGGGGAUAAUUCAGUUGCAAACCACCAACUCAAAUAUAUAUUUAUAUUUGCAUCAAUGUUUACGUUGUCUUUGAAGCACACUAGGCUUAUAAGUAUUUACAGCUAUGAUAAAAGCUUAAUGAGAGAGAAAUACAAUUGCAAAGGCUCCAUCCAUAUCAUUGCUAUUAUAUAAGUUGAAUUAAAUGAUUUAACUCAUCUAAUUACAAUUUUUGUUGUGGUUCAAUUUUUGAUGAACAUUGUUAAACAAGGUUCAAGUUAAAGUGUUUAUAAAAGUGUCGCAAACAAAAACUAAUCUAAUACUGAUCAAUUGAUGUUGAUACAUUAAGAUUACAAUAUAAACCUUUUUUUUUGUGUCAAAAACAAUUUACUCCUCACACAAUUCAUCACUGUUACUCUAUUAUUAAUAUUAGUAAUUACUACUAUGAUCAUUGGAAAUCAUGUAAAAUUUUAGAAACUCAAGAAUGUAACUUUAAAUAAAAUGAAACUUUCA